AGCGCAACUAUUUAAAAGAUGGCAAUGAUAAGGACACUUCAGAGACAUUGUUUAGGACUGAUACUACAGUACACUGCCACGCUAAUGUGCUCGGCUGUGGAAAGGUUUCCAACUAAUUGAGCAAAUACGAGAAGCAACAUCGUUAACUUUGAACCAAAUGGCCACUCCUGUUCCUACGAAUACCUCAGUCCUAUCCGGACCGUCUCAGUCUUCCCCACCAUCCAUGCCCCUGUCUCAACAGAUCGGGAUUGCUAUCUUAGUCAUCGCCUUCGUGUUUGGUUUUCCCGGGAACCUGUUCGUGGUGUGGUCGGUUCUGUGUCGAGUGCGUCGCCGCUCCGUCACAUGUCUGCUGAUCCUGAACCUGGCCGUGGCGGAUGCGCUGGUUCUCCUGAGCGCUCCGCUGUUCCUCCGGUACCUGGCGGGAGGGAGAGGUUGGGAGUUUGGAUCCGCCAUGUGUAAGACGGUCCAUUACCUGUGCUGCGUCAACAUGUACGCCUCCAUCUACCUGAUCUGCCUGAUGAGCAUGGACCGCUGGCUGGCUGUCACAAAGCCGUUUGUGUCGCAGAGGUUGAGGACUAAGAAAAGGCUCCUGUCCAUCAUGUUUGGAAUCUGGGUGAUGGCUUUUCUUAUGGCUUUGCCCAUGCCAUUCUAUCGUUCCGUGUGGCCAAUCCGUCCAGGUGUGCCCAUCUACCUGUGUAAGCCUUACCACUGGGACAGCAAUGCUCAUAAAACCUUUCAGUACCUGUCUGAGACUAUUCUGGGUUUCCUGCUGCCUUACACCUUCGUCCUGUUCUGCUACAUCUCAGUGAUUCAUCGACUGCGUAGUGCCAUGUUCCAGCGCAAAGGAAGAGGAAACUUCCUCAUCCUCCUUAUCAUCGCUGCAUUUACAGUCUUCUGGCUGCCGUAUCACAUCAUCAACAUCCUACAGGUGAUUGGGGUGAUGCAGGGCUCCUCCUCUUCUAUUUUAGAAGCAGCAAUAGUGGCCCGUCCCAACGUGACGGCGUUCGCCUUCUUGAGCAGCAGCGUGAACCCCGUCCUGUACGUGUUUGCUGGCAGCUCUCACAUCCGUCAGGCUGGUUUGGGCUUCAUGGCCAAACUCUUUGAAGGAACCAACUCGGAGUCUGCCUCCACCCGCAGCAGUCGGGGCUCUAAUGCAGAGAGCUCCGUUUUCACCAAGCUGUCUGUCAAGUUGAGUCGUAAAGGGGACGAUAGGAGAGAAGAGACCCCUGGUGGUGAAAAUGAGACAAUGGCAGACAUGCACAACAGAGAUGAGAUGAAGACUCUGACCACCCUGCAUUAAAGUGCUCAUAUCAUGCAUUUAUUCCGUUGAGGUUCAUUUAUAAUUUUAGUAAAUGUUGUUGGACUCGCAUUAUCGUAGUAACAUCAUCUUCUGCUGCUGCUGUUAUUUUAUUUUAUUUUUUU